CACAGAUGCUAAAGAAGCCAAAAUACAGAUUAAAAUAGCUGCAAGUAGUUGUAGUUAGAAGCGUUAUACUGCAUGAAGGAGAAGCAGUCAAAAUGCAAACAUUUUACAGGUUUAAAUCAAUAUCAACAUAUCUGACUGAUGGGUAAAUUUCGAGAUAACAAACUCCAACCAUAAACUAACCAGAAUCUGAGAAGUGAAAUAUGCUGUUUCUACUCUUUUAUGGUUAAGGUAAAUUAUUUUAGCACCAAUUCAUGUUUGUCAGCCUCAUAAGGACCAACUGAAACCAAUGACAAGGAAGGAAUGCUGAUUUUGAAAAAAAAGGUUACUCGUCUACCAUGGUCAUGAUGUAAACUGCAGAAACAUUGGUAACACUUUACAAUAACCAUAAUUUAUAAAUGAUAAAUAGAUAGUUUAUUUAUGUUUAAUCAUCAUUUAAAAACAGCAUAUAGACCAAUUAUGAAUGUCAAAUAGAUAGUUUAUUAGUGUAAGUUAAUAGUUACUUCACCAUUAACAAGCAAUAAAAUUGUGAUUAAUAAUUUUCAUUAAUUAUUAAUAGACUAUUUAUUAAAGGUUUAAAUAUUGGUUGUAAAACAUCUAGAUUAAAAUGUGUGUCAGUAGCACUUUGUAAAUAUUUAAUAUUUGGUUUUUAAACCAUCUAUAAACAUUACUCAGAUGGUUAUUGUAAAGUUGCAACUGAUGUUUGUAAUACUUUGUAAAUGAAAAAAAAACACGUCUUUAUUUCUCUCUCUCUCUUUCCUUGUGGCCAUUAAGUGUUUGAGACUCGUCUUAAAGGGCGAUGGCUUCUACACUUACCCACUUACUGAUCAUUUCUGAGCUAUGCUUUCAUAGACUGAAAUACUUCACACGUCUGAAAUGCUUGUCUGUGUUUAAUAUUGUCUCAAAAAUGUUGGGAGUAGUCUGGUGUGAUUUCAAUGACAGGUAGUCUACUGCACAGCAGAGACCCACGGUGUCCACUUGGGGGCAGCAGAUUUCUUUCUACAGGAACUCGCAUCACGAACAAAAGGGGUUCUCGGAGUAAAAUUUCACAUUAUAUUUACUUCAUUUUGAGUUCGAAGGAUACUCUAGAGUUGAAAAUAGCUCCAAACACGUUUUAAUGAGCUUUUAGGAGUGUAUGAGUCUAGGCCACUUAAGGACAGGUCCUUGUUUUUCGCUUGUCAGACUACAAUCAAACAUUACACUCACAUGUACACUAACUAUUGUAUCUUAUACUUCUCUAUUAGGCUUCUUGUUCAGGCCACACCCUUGGCAGAGCCGACUGAACACGUCGGACCAGUGAUGACUCCCAGAGGGUGUGCCCUGCCGCUGUGAACCAGCCUAAUGUUCACCUCUUGUUGCUCCUCACAGGCGGGUAGUUUUAGCCCGCAGUCCUCCCCCUCCGGACCUCAGAGAAGCGGGAGAGCGGAGCCGCAGCAGCAGCAGCACCAGAGCAGAGAGUCUCUGAGGAGGGAAGAGAAGUGUUUUUUUCCCCAGCGGAUUUUCCUUUUGUUUAUAACCUGUGCACAAGCAGCUCGGACUGAAUCUGUGAGGCUCUCCUGUAAACAUGGGGGACGUGGUUUCCUCUCACCUGGAUGAGAGCAGGAGGGAGAUGAUUACAGGUAAGCAGCUGGAGGGAGACAGUUUCCCACGGACUUUAGUUCUCUUAGUCAGUCCUCAAGCAGCACUAAAUAUACAUUUAAUUCACCUUAGGUGAGUCUUUCAUCCUUUGGUUACACUAUUACAUAAUCUGAGGUUCACUUUGUAUUUUUAAAAUCCUGUCUUUUCUAGUUCAUCUGUCAAUCUUUUUUGUACCUAUAACUUAUGCAGUCUCCACUUACUUUGGAAACAUAAUCCACUGCUGUAUUCAGUGGUUCUCAACUGGUGGGUCCUGACCCAAAAGUGGGCAGUGGACACAUUCUGAAUGGGUCACAAACAGCUGGUCAAAAAAGUAAAUAUGUUAUGCACAUCUGAUGUUUCACAUGUCUUUUAUUUUGAAAAAUAGCUUAUUUUCUGCAAUUUGAUAUAUAUUGAUAUUUACUGAUGCAACUUUAGUAGUUGCCAUCUUCAGUUCAUGUGCUCUGAAAUGCACUUUACUCAAUAAAAUGGGUGUAUCUAUGUUAAAGAUUUGAGUCUUUAAAGUUUUUUUUAUAUAUAUAAAAAAUAAAUUUGCUUGGUUUGAAUUCUAUAAAAGUGGGUCGCUACAUAAGGAUCAUGGGAAAAUUUGGAUCCCAGAGUGAGACCAGUUGAGAAACACUGCUGUAAACUAUUGUUUAACUUAGCCGUCUGACUGGCAAAGAGGGAAAAACAAAUCAGCUUUAAUCUCCCUACAUGAAAAAAAGGAUCAGAUAACUACUUUUUUUAAUCAUUCUUAUCAUUUCUUAUCAGAAAAUCCCUCUCAACAACUGUCACCAAUCCCUUGUAUCAUUCAAGGGCAGACCUUGUCAGUCAUAUCAGUGCAUUGUUACUCUCCUUGAGAAGUUUCCCUCAGUCCUAAUCUCUGUUGCAGGCCUAUUUCUCAGAGAUAAUAAGUAGGUUUCCCAAAGGGGAGCAUGCUUGUGUAGGCCUGGGACUGGCUGCUAUUUAAGUCUCAGAUUGCUGCAGCCUCCCACCGUGAACCACUGUGAACCGUGCAGGUCUGUGUGGUUAUUUGUAAUGCAUGGGCAGCUGAGCACAGAGGACACAGUGCAGAGGCUAAAACAUGCCCAUGAAUCUGGAGAUGAACUGCUGAAAAUAAAAGGACUGUCAUUGGAGCGGAGAGGAAACCUAUUUGUUUGUAUUUUGGAGCUGGCACUCAGGCCCUCCAGACUUGUACUUGGCAGAAAACCUGGAUUCAGAGGCAUUUUAGCCUCAGUUAUGUGCGUAUGCUGGCAUGCAUUCUUUUAUGAGGAAACCACUUCUGGAAGCAAAAGAUUAUGUUGUUGAAAUCAAGGCUUUCAUUGUGUUUGUUGUUGCCGUCUUUGUUUUUCAAACUGGAAAGAGAAAUACUUCUUAAAACAGGAACAUUGACACUGUUAGGAAGCCUCCAUUCCUGAGAGACACACCACACAACCUAAAGACGUCCCUCUAGAUCGAGGGAAAUACGUCUUUGGAGUUUGGGAUUUCACCAAUUUUAUACAGUGAACACUUACCAUACAUGCACACUUAACACAGAGUGUUUCCCGCUUCUGAGUGGGGUUAAGAAAAAGAUGAGCCCACACUUGAAUAGAUGAGUCAGUUUAGGAGGGAGAUCGAGGGUGAAGCUGCAGAGGUGAAGCAGGUAGAAACAUGUCACAAGAUUAAUAGCAGCCUGGCUCUCACACGCCCUUCCCCUGUGUCCUCUUCUCCCGUUAUCCUCUGUCUUUUUCCUCUCCUGCCUGUACGCAGGUAUUAGUGUUAAACAGUAUAAAGAGAAACAGUGAAUAAGGACUAAUCAGCAUUUAUGAAUAAAGAGUACAUACACAUGAGCAUGAAAUGAAUGAUAAUAUUCUGGUUAGUUUUAGUAAGUAAUUUUUAAGACAACAUAUUCAACAUCAUUGAAACACUCUUGUGGAACAAAAAUGACUUACUUGUCAGUUGAGUUAUCAAAGUUUUUAUCACUGCACGAGCAGAAAGCCAGUCCUAUGUUGUGUCAAAGGUGAAGCAUGGCCGACAGUGACAGCCAUAGUAGUAAAAUGCUCCACUACCUGGAUCUAAACAAGCACAUAAUGUAAUAGAUAGCAUCUUGUAGCGUGGCCUGGUUUGACAGUAUUUUGAUCUAGAAAAUGGAGGUUAAGUUGUUUGUACGCUGUGUCAGUUAACUCAAUCAGAUCAAUGCAUAACAUCACUAAAACCAAACCAAUUUUUAACUUUAAAAGUGGCCAUCAAAUCUGGACAUGAGGAUUUCUAGAUGGUUUAGAGAUCUCCCGAGGCAGUAGACCAGUCAACUGGACUUCUAAAACUUCCUAAGAGUUGGAGAAGUUUCUGGUGGCUUCAAGAAGGACUUAGUGUAUAUCCCAAAUAAGUACUAGCAAACUAAAAAUAUGAAGAGAAAGACAGUAGAGCUUGGCUUAGGUACCAGUCAGCAAAGGAAACUCUUAAACAUUAAAUCCAGUAGGAGCCAGAACAGUAGAUGAUCUCUUUAGUCUUGCAGAGGCACUGGACAGAAAAGUGUUUGCCUUUUAUAAAAAAAAAGAUUUGUAGACUUGAAAUGAGCUCACAGCCCUGUCUUAAGGAAACUCUAGGGGAUACUCAACAUUGUGAGCCAUCCAGCACCUAAUAAAAGCAGGAACGUCCAUAUUCCUGGUGGAAAGUCAAGUACAUUUUUAGUAUGUUUGGUUUUUCACCAUCGAGAUUCAGUUUCCUCAAGAUGCUCCUGCUGUGUUAAAUUGAACGUUAAGUUGAGAUGAAGUUAACACACUGUAGCGUAAAGUACACUGAUCCUCUGGAAAAUCCUGGACUGUGGGUUCUGAGGAAGUUUCUGAGCGAAGAAGCUGAUGUUUCACAGGAAAAGUGAGGUAGACAAAAGUACUGGCACGGUAUCAGUGGUAACAUGGGCAAUGUACCAGGCCAUUGUGGUGAGAGGGGAGCGCAGUCCAAAAGUACAGUCAGUAAGACUUGGUUCCAGUCCUCGGAUAUGGUCAUGGCUUUAGGUAUCGCAAUGAGACUGAGGAUUCAAGAAGUUCAAUGCAGUGUCCUUUGUAGAGACGGUGUCUGCGAGAGUAAGGAGUGCAGAAGCAGAAACAGCUACUCCUCACAGUGGAAGGAGCCAGUUGAGGUGAUUCAGUCAUGAGAGCAGGAUGCCUCCUGAUAAAGAUAAGGAAGUCUGGAUUUUGUAAUGUUUAGCCUGCUGCCAAAAUGACCCAGUCUCAGAGAGGCAGCAAAAAAAAUGGAAAGCUGCGUUGUCUUUUCCAGGUCCCUAAGUCCAGGAUACAGUUAAUUUGGUUACACAACAUAUUAUUGUGUGUUUCCAUUUGCAUUUUCCCAGUGGACAUGGCUUACAUUUUAUUGUUUGCUAGCAUCAAGUUUCUUGGUAUGGUCAGGUCUGUUUGUUAUUCUUUGGGUUGGUGUACAAUGUAAGUCCAAAAGAAACAUCGAAAACCGGUUGCAUGAAUAACCAAGACAAUUUGUGGAGACUCCUUCGGUUGUUGUUGAUUCCAUCACAUCACCUCCAGUACCUCAAGAAGAGCUUUGGGUGAGAUAUCUUAACAACUGUACAGUAGGUUGAGAGAAAUUUGGUUUGAACAUUUUUUCCAUUUGUGGCUUUUGGACUCAUAGCUAACUCACAUAAAUAAAACCCCACUUUACACGACAGUACAAUUCAACUAUCUGAAAAAAGGGUGAAUUUUAAGAACUGUCCCCUUUUCACCAGUCGAUGGGAUGUUCUUUUAGUUUUCUCAGAUUCUGGUAUAACAGGAGGGAAAAAGAAAUCCAUAAGAAACAGGGAUGGAUACUAGGAUAUAAGUGAAGUGCAGCCUGUCUCUUGAUGAAUUUGCCUCAAUGAGCUGAUGCAGCUCAGGCGUGACUUUGUUUUUAUUCUGUGCAGGUUGUGCCAAACAUAAUGAACCAGCCCCUUUUUGAGAGCGACAGCAGAAACACAUGGUGUAGUAGACAGUGGAGCCUUUGUGAUUGAACAAGUGUGGUAUUUUUAAGUGUAGUUAAUCAUGAAACUGGUUAAUCGCUUCAUCUAAAGUUGGAGGUUGAUACUGAUUGAGUCAGAAUGUUAGACAGUUGCUUUCUCCAAACAACCUUUUUAAUCAAACAAUACAGAGGGAAAUGUGCUCUCUUCUCCUGGUUCUGGUCCUGGGGCUGCAGGAUUUUGGACCAGCCGAAGAGUCUUUAAAGACUUGUUAAGACUUAUUAAAAACAGCUCUGAUGGAGGAUUUCAGUAAACAGUUAGAGCAGGUAGUCCUGGAGCCCAUAGGAACUGUUCUAACAGAAGUAUUUAUAUCAAAACUUGGAGAACUGAUUACAGUUCUUAUUUAACACUCAGGUAAAGUACUGUUGGUGCGUACAAGAAAUUUGUCUAAAAUAGUCCAAACUAGGGCUGGGCGAUAUGGCCUCAAAUCAAUAUCACGAUAUAUUGAGCUGUUCACCUCGAUAACGAUAAAUGGACGAUAACUACUCCAAAAGCUGCUCACCCCCUACCACAUUAACUUUGUCUAACUCAGCCGCCGCUCCAGCCGCUAAAACUUUUGAACUGUCCUCCAUCUCCUCACCUGUCUUUCCCUCUUUGUUACCGACUGGAUGGGGUGGAGUCAUGUCUCUGAUGUAGGACAGUGUCUCAAAAGGGACAUAAGACCAUAGCCUACCUACACACAUCCAAAACCAACCUCGAUUUAUGUUUUUGACACCAAAUACAGAUAUGGGCAUAAUGACGUUGAUUUUUUUCGUAAAUUUUUGGUUUUUGGUUUAUAACCCAGCCCUAGUUCAAACAUUAUAUGGAUUAAUGCAAUUUAGGAUGAAACCAACAACAGGUCUGACUAGACAUUUAACCUCCUGACUGUUUCUUACACUCUGAGCACUUUAAUUCAACCUUCUCCGUAGAGUAUUAUGGUUUGGUAGUUAGCUUUCCUCAACAGGAGAUUUAGGGAGAGACUUAGUUUACCUGUCUUACUAUCUUGCCUCAUAUUUCCUGUGACCUGUCCACCCAUCUCCCCCUGAUACAGCACAGUGUUUUUAAUAACUUUAUGUGUCCCUGUCCUGUCUCCUCCACAUUCUCGCCCCGCUCUUUCUGUCCUGUCAGCUCUUUCCUUCCUGCACUCCCACUGCAGGCCGGCUGCCUCCUUCCUGUGCUGUUCCUUCCAUAAACAGAUCACAGUCAACACUGUCUGCUGCUGACCAAGUCAAACACAGUUAUCAGCUCAAAAACGGACAAAUUUUUUUUUUUCAUCAAUGAAGUGUGGGAAAGGAAAUGCAGGUUUUUGGGAUGCUGUGGAAAAAGAUGCUGAGUCAGCUUUAAUGCACUACAGAUUACAUCGAUUCAGGUUGAACGAUUCACAAUACAGAUGACUCCAAUCAUUUUCAGUUCACAUUUUGAAUAUGCUCAUCACCAGGGGUGGGAAUUACUAGUGGCCCCACAAUACAAUAUUAUCACGAUACUUGGGCCACGAUACAAUAUUAUUGCGAUACAGUGAGUAUUGCAAUACCAUAUAUUGCGAUUUAUACAAUUUUUCCAACUGUUUAGCUAAUUUAACAUCUGUCUUUCCUUUAUGUUUGUCUUAUUUACACAGUAUUUUAUUUUCAUGUAGCUCAUCUUGCAAACCUAACGUAUAUAUAUUUGUUGUACUAACUUUCUCCUGCUCUGUGUCACCUCUGCCAACUUCACUAAACAAAAAGUUGAUUUUAUUUUUCCAUUGUCAUAGAUUUGACUUCAUAUUAGCAGUUAAUUUGAAAAAUCGAUACUUGGUAAAUGAGACGAUACGAUAUAUCAUCAGACAAAACAUCACGAUACUAUGCUGUAUUGAUUUUUUCUCCCACCCCUACUCAUCACAGUUCAAAAACAGUUAUUUUGUCCAACAGCAGACAACCACCAAACACUGAGCAGGACCUUUAUUAAAUUUAAAGCUACAAAAUACUCAUUAAGUUGUGCUGACAGUAUUUACAAAGCUGUAAUUUUUCUCAAACAUCAUUUGACUGAGCUGUGUGUUUUAACUAUGCAAAAACUUUCUGUCCUAAAAGUUCUCCUGAUGACCGAUCUUGAACAAGCUGCCAUGUUAUUCAGUGAUAUGUGAGCUGUUCUGAUAAAAACAUUUGUACUAUCUCCUUAUCAGAGCUGAACAAGAGUCACUUUGUAUUCUUUUCAAGGCCUCAUUUUAAAUUUAUCGUAUUUUAACUUUACAUAAAGACAUGAUAGCAGCAGAGUUUUAUGGUCUUUCUGAUGAGACUCCAUUUGUGACAGUUUGUCUCUACAGGAGGACCAAGUCUCCUCAUCUGCAUCCAGUUUAAAAAUUAACCUCAGAGACAUGUGGUUAAAUUGUAUCUAUGUUUGACAUUUGUGUCAACUACCAUUAUCUACGAUUAUAAGCGUUAAUGCACAAGUUGGUUGCUUUUACACAAACAUAGAUACAGCAUUCAGAUUUUGAUAAGUUAUAGUGCUGUGGACUUAAUCAUGUGUCUGUUUUUGUGCCUCUGCAGCUCGGACCAGAGAUGUGAUGAAGGACUUCAGUGAUAUUUAUGAGCAGCAGUACGCAGUUGCUCUCUUCAACAGUGUGCGCUAUGAGAUCGAGGGAGGAGGAGGACCGCAGUCGCAGCUGCUUCACAGAAAGGCAAGUGCCCGGCUUUAGGAGGGAAAAGAGGUCUAAAUCUGCUCAAGGCUGGAAAAUAACCAACUUUACUAUCUUAGCUGCAACUUGACCAUUUUCCUACAGUCUAGGAAAGCACCAAGCUUUGUGUUCCUCAGUCAGCAUUUAAACGAACUGGGUAAAGUUGUGAUGGUCUAUAUACCACCACAUCCCCCAACAAUAGAGACUUUUGCUUCACUUUGAGUUAAAUUUCAGCUGUCCUCUCUUCUGUUUUGGUCACUGAAUGAACUAAAGGUUCACAUUUUCAGUCAGCGAGGGGGAAAUGGGGCACAUUUCACACAUGAACAGAGAUGCUGUUUGGAAUUCAUGAUGGCGGCUGACCUGCUCUGAUCCCCAUGUGGAGGACAGCUGCUCAUGUGUGUUGUGAUAGGAAUGCCAAAAGAUGCAUUCAUUAGCAAACACAAAAGUAACUGAUGGCAAAUACUGUCCUGUAAAGAAACAGCGGCUCAUUUAUUGGGUGGCUCUGAGGUGAUGAUGAAGGCAGUUUUAACCUGAGAGAGUGCCUGUGUUUUAUGAACAACCUCAGCACAGCAUGUUUGCUUUGUGUCACAAUAUAGAUAGUAUAAGACAAAACAUUACUCACAGAUAUCUCUGAAUUUCCAGGACCCUCUGGCAGGCCGCUCCAUCUUCUCAGGAAAUCUGUUCCAGCAUCUGGAGGAGAACCGAAAGUUCAGGAAUCGCUAUGUAUCCGUGCCAAACAGAUACACCAUCAGCCUCUAUGAAAACAAAGCAGUGAGUGCACUUCCUAAUUUUGCUUUGGGGUCAUUUUGGCAUUUUUGUUAAUGCAAUUUAAAGUGAUUUUGGCCUUGUUAACAGGCACAUGAGCGAGGCCUUCAUCCCAAAACAACCAUCGACUGUGCUGGCUACAAGGCGCUGGCCUCAAUGGAGGAAUACAUGGAGCUUAUUAAUAACAGCCUGCCAGGUAGGUAAAAGACAGGGGGAGAAAAAGGAAAGGAACUCUAUUUGCAAACCUUGGCAUUUUAAAUUCAUGGCUCCUUCUGUCCUCUGAAGGUAUUAAGGCCAAAGUUGGAAACCAUCCAUUUAUCAAAUGUGCAACUGAGUUCCCCCUCAUCCUCUGGCACCCAUAUGCCCGCCACUACUACUUCUGUGUGAUGACAGAGAAGGAGCAGAAGAAGUGGCACGCUGUGCUGCAGGACUGCGUCCGACACCGUAACGAUGGUAACUACACACACACACACACACACACACACAUGUACAGUGACUUACAAAGCCAGAGAGGUCACAGCAGUGUUGAGUCAAUGUCAUUUUGGUUGUCUAUAGAAGAUUUAGACGAGGGUGAGAGAUAAUAAACCAGUAAAAUUAAGUGUCGACACCUUUGUGCAUGUGCAGCGUUUUAUAUGCAGCUUGUAUUUCUCUUGGAGCUCCACCCUGGAGGAGAAGUGUCUCUCUCUGCCUGUCUCAUUGUUGGAGGUUCAGCUGAGGGUGUGUGUGCAUGUGUGAGUGAGUGCGUGUGUGUGUGUUUCAUAGUGUGAAGUUUGAGCAUGCCAUGUGAGUGAGCUGGUUGAUCUGCAUAUGUGAGAUGCUGCAGGAAUGAUGUCUUUUGUUUUUUUUAUUAUUAUUGGUCUUGGUUACACUGUAUGACAUAUUGUUGUCAUUGGAUCGGAGCUACGAAUGUAACAAAUUUUACAGCCCAUAAACUGCGUCAGUCAAGAGCGGGCAGGGCAGGAACUUACUCGCCUGAAGAUGAAACCAGGGUUAGAUAUGAGAUGCGAACAAGCUUCCAGUUUCAAAUUUUCAUUUUAUGUUUGAUCGCUGUUAAUGUGAAGCUGGUUGUUACUUCAGUGAUUUUUUUUAUGAAGCACUCUUUUAGUUUUCAUAAAAUAACCCCUUGCAGAGCUGAAAGCAGAAAAAAGUUACCUUGAUUAAAUUUCACUUCAGUUGGAAUGAAGUCACUGGUCUGUGAAUCUACUCAAAUAGCUCUAUAGAUACUUUACUGUAAAUGCGCGUACAGCUCCUGUGAGGAACUUUCAGUUUAUGUGAAUUUUGGUGCCCUCAGUCCGUUUACAGAGUAGUCUUUGCUCACUGUGAGUAUUCAGUGCUUAAAAACACGUCUGUUUCUUCAGCUGUUCUGCAGACACCUACCUGCUCCCUCUGGGCUAAAGUCUUAAAAAUAGUCACAGAUGGACUUGUUUGCCUUCAUUUAUUCCAAGUGUCAACUUGAAAUUAGACAUUUUUUAUAAACGUCAAGAAUAGAGAACUUACCUUGUAACCGGGGAUGGGGAGUGACAUAGCUCCUAUGUUAUGUAACACUUGCACUAGUGUUUUUUAUACUUUUGUCGAUGUUAAAUGUAUUUCUUUCUUUUUUCUUUUAAAUUGCUGAUUUUAUCUUUUAUUCUCACAAAAAUCCUCCCAGGGACAGGUGUUGCGAAUUAGCAUUUGUUAUCAUACUUGCAUGGGAAGACAGCUCCCUGUAGGGCUGGGUGACGAACCAAAAAUUUACUGAUACCAAAAUUUAUGACAAUAAUCAACGUCAUUUUACCCAUAUUGGUAUAUUCGGUGUCAGAAAAAUAAAUAAAUAAUAGUUGGUUUUGGAUGUGUGUAGGUGGGCUAGGGGUCUCAUGUCCCUUUAAGACGCUGUUCUACAUUGGAGACGUGACUUCAUCCCAUCCAGUCCGUAACAACAGUCCUUGAAAGUGGCAAAAUAAUUGCAUAAAUGGAUCCAGGGGAGUCAUACUAUCAAUAUUACUGCCACAGCCUCAUCUAUUGGCUUAUCUUUUUUUGCGUAGGGGGUGCAGUGGAGUAGUUAUCGUCCAUUUAUCGUUAUCGAGGUGAACUGCUCUAUAUAUUGUGAUAUUGAUUUGAGGCCAUAUCGCCCAGCCCUAGGUCCUGGUUUGUCUUUAUAAAUUGUGUCUGUUUGUCUCUGUACAUCAGGCUAUAAGAUUUCUGGAUUGCUUACCAUAACCUGAAAUCUGUCUCUGACCCCAACUGGAGUAGCUUCCAACAAACCUCUACAUCUGAACAAUUGUAUGUUCUUCCCCAUUUGAGCUCAUGUUAUUGUGCCUUCACUAAAUCAAAAGCCUUACAGGAAAUUAUCGAUCCUGGGCUGCUGCUUUUCUCUCAGCCUGUUUGUUCGAGCUUUGGAAGAAUAAAUAGAGUCUUUAUACAGUCUACGCCAGAAUAUACAGCCAAGCGCCUUUUUGUUUGGUUGUACGUUAGCAGGAUGUUUGUUUUAUUAGGGUGGAGAACUACCCUUGAUCUGCUCAUUUGGUUCCUUCUUGUGCUGGCAUGACUCAUGUAUCAUUGUGCUGACACACUGAAGGCAGAGACCUGCAGGAGGAUGUGCAAACAUAAAGUGAUACAUUCAUUAGUAGUGUUGUCAUACUGUGUCUCUACAGCUUUGGCCUUUUGACUAAUAAAGUAGACAUAAUGGGUCUGUUUCCAAAUUUGUUAGUGUCUCAGUCUGUUGCAGAUUGUACACCAACUUUUGAUUGGCAGUCAUCUUAAAGGUUUGUUGUGCUAAGAGACAAUAUGCUGGAAAAUUCAAGCUACAUUUCUGUGGUUUGAAGCGCACGUGGGUGAGUGUGUGAUCCAACGUUCAGUCAGCUUUAUUUAAACUUUGCACAGAGAGGACCAAACUCCGCGGGCGCCUUGGGGAAGUUGAGAUUAAAAAUACAAAACAGCAGAGAUUCAGGGAUCAAAAAAGAAAAAGAAAAAAAACGGCUGCUGCAAUAACGUGAUUGGGCUUGUUUUGAUCCUGUCUGCUACAAAGGCAGGUGGAGUUGAACUCAGUCUUUCUGUCUGAUAAAGCAUCAACAUCAACAAAGACCUUACAAGUAGUGCUUAAUUAUUUGAUGAUUCAUUUAUCAACUUUCUACAAGAGAAGUCUUUGACUUUAGGAAGCAUAUGAGCAUGAUUUUGGUUUUACUUACAUUUGUUGUAGAGAAUACUCUCACGCAGUUAUCCCUAAACUGGGGGCACAACCAUCCAGAGUUGUGACAAAGGCUCAAAGCAAAGCUUCAAAAUCAGUGUCAGCAAUGCAGGGUCAGUUCACACCAACUGAAUUUAGUCGAUCAAAUGAUAAAACAUCAUCACCUUUUCAAAUCAGCAACAGAACUACUUCACAAAUUUAUUUUUCACCAUUGUAGGCCUGACAUGCCUUAUGUUGUGCUAUAACUGCAGCUGUAUGCCUCCAGCCAAAGCUACUGCUGUAACACUCUGAUGCUCUACUGACUGUAUGUAAAUAAGCCUAAAUGAUGGACGGCAUCUUGAAAGGGGAAGACAGAGUUAUACUUAGGCUGUGUCUGGUUAAAAUUGCAUAUGAACACUUCACAAGAGCACCAGCACAUGCAUGUAGUUACCAACCUGCACGGAGGAUCAAAGCCUGGUGGUGCUAGCUUUGCUAGCAUUAGCUGCACGCGAAUAUCAUUUACCCACAGACACUGGAAUCCUGUGUUUGGUGGUGUUAGAUAAAUUGGGCUCAAUGUUGACUGUUUUCUGGAUGUUUUUUUUUAGCUUUAGGCUCCAUGUUUAGUUUGAUUUUAGUUCUUUUAGAGGCUGUUUUGUCAGAUUAGUUUGUUUGACUUUAGGGAAUGAUUUUAUGACAAACUUGUACAUUUUAAAACAAAGUGUGAUCAUCCUUUUUUAGUGCAUUCAAUAAAACAAACCUCAGCUUAAGUUGAAGUCAAUUGCUCAGCAAGUAACAGGUGUGCAUGUAACACCAACAGUACCACAUACCAGCUCCGUCCAACAAAUGACAGCUAAUGUACGGCUAAAAGUUAAAAAUGGUCGAUCAUAAUGCACAAGGAGUCAAUCAACUUAUCAAGUUAUUUGCUUUAGAAUAUGCAGAAAAAGAACAUUUAAGCAAAUAAUAUCUUCUGCAGUUCAGAGAAAAAACAAUCCCGUAUCAUAAACACUAGCACUGAAUGCCAUGCCAAUGUUACAAAUGAAACAACACACUCUGGCUCGGAGUUCAUCUCCAAGCAGGCAAAGUCGCUCAACCUGAUUCGGUUUUGUUUUGCAUUUAGCCAACUAUGAUGCCAACCAGCUAUGCUGCACGAACUCAAAACGUUCUGCUCAACCACACGUGACAAUGCUUACAGCUGUCCGCCGUCAGUGUUUGAAAUCAUCCACUGCACGCUUUUAAAGCCACAGCCAAGCAACAGGAGCUCUAUUCCCAAAGUUCAGGAAAGUCUUGGUUGAGAGAAGCUGACUGAGACUAACUGAGAAGCCAAACAAAUGCUUCUGUGCUCACAUUUGUGACUGUUGAACAGAAUCAGCCUCUGUGCAGCUCAGCUUUUAUUUCCUAUCACUACCUGUUCAGGCAUGCUCAGUAAAAGCCAGAGUCUCUGUUGUACAUUCCAGCUCUGAGGCUCUGCUCCAGGAAUAUGUUGUAAGGAACAGAGUGUGUUGCUGUUUUACGGUCCCCAUAGCUGGUGUCAGCGUUGAUUGGCAUUCAUGUUUUUAAGGCCUGUGCCGACACGCCCAGUUUCACCUCUGUCAUGUAGGUGUUUGAGGAAAACCAGAGCAGUGAAAGAAAAAAAACUUCUCCUGAGGGUGAUAAAUGGCCUUACAGCCUGACCCCUGCCCUCUCUGCAGAUUCUUACUCGCUGGACUCAUGCACACACAAACAUUCACCUUUAUACUUGCUGUACAUGCUCCUAGUUGUGAUCAAUGUUAAAUUGUAGGGGAUUAAUGGGAGUGUUUUGAUUCAAUACAUUUCACUGUCUUUGGUGCUAAUUCAGUUGAAAGACACAUCAAGAGAAAAUCACACAAAUCUCUAAAUCCACAGAGCAAUUAUUGUCUUCUAAACAAACAACUUAAUGUGUGUGACUUUAUAAGACGCUAAAAGAACCUGGCAGACCUCCGUUUUUGCCUGUCUUUGAAUGAUGGAGUUAGCAGUGUAGGGCUGAAUAUUGCAAUAGCUGUGUUGUCACCUCAAAAGCCACAUUGCAGUAUGUGGGAUGUCACUCAAAUGACCAGAAACACGUCAAGCUGUCACCACUUCCUCGUUAUGCAGAGUUAAUCUAUGAUAAAAGAGGUCUGAAACCCCUUUGAAGCAGCCUCUCCCUAACACACAGAGCACUGACCACUGUACAGGCAGUCUCUGUAUGCGUCUCACAUGACCGUAGAAUGUAAACAUGCACACAAACCAUAUAUGUUUCAUCAACAGAAAUUACUGACUGCAUUAUUAGUGAAGAUUAAUGGUGAAAGUGAUAUUCCGGCUUCAAAUUAUUUAGGGUCAAACACACCGUAACACCGAGUUAGACACCCCGUCGAGAGAUGAAUCUUGCUUCUCUAGUUAUACCAACUUUAGUAACAACCGCAGAUAGCAUUACAGAGAGCCACACGCUCAACCAAAACGCCAUUCUUUAGCCACUGAAAUGCUCAGAACAGCACCUAACUUCAUCAACAGUACAUAUAGGGUCCCAGCCAUAGUACUAGCCACCAAACAUUUUUUUUAGCUUUGCCUGAUUCUUUAGCAAAGAGACUAAACACAACUCCUCCAGCAGCCGCUUGUUCGCACAGAGACCUCCAGGCGAGUUCAUUGACUGCAGCGCGGGGGAGGCAGCUCAAGGAAGAACAUUUAUGAUCAUAACUUCAUGGAAAUGCAAUCAGACCAAGACGCUAAGGCAAAAGAACUACUGCGUCUGCAAUGUAAACUGAUUAAUAUGGUGAUUAUUACCUCAAGGAAAUGAUAAAGUAAUGAUCAUAAAUGUUCUUCCUUGAGCUGCGUCACCCCGCUGCAGUCAAUGGACUCACCUGGAGGUCUCAGUACAAAUAAGCAGCUGCUGGAAGAGAGACAGUGAGUUGUGCUUAGUCUCUUUGCUAAAGAAAUCAAACUUAAUUUUACGCCGGAAUAUUCCUUUAAGUUUGAGUAGACACAUGCUAUUCCAUCUGUUUUUGCUACUCCCCUACGCUCACAUUAAUUUGGUAUUUGAUUCAUGUAUUUUUGCAAAAAUCAUUGUAAUAUUGCAGAAUGUAAAAAACUGUGGUAGCGGCUGUGAUAGAAGGUGGAGCAGGGACACACACAGCAGAUAGGAAAAACUUCAGAAAUAAACCCAGCUCUUUUCCAAACAUUUGUACAGAGAUAUGGAGAUGUUUAAAAGUUCUGUAUAGCAUUUUCACUGUCAAAUGGGUAGAUAACAGCUUCUCAUUUUUCAGUUUUGGCCACAUUGCAUUGCUUACUUCACCAGAUAGAUCUGCUUUUCUACAGACUGGUGUUUUUUAGUACUAUGAAAUAUUAAACUACAUAUGAUCUGAUUUUAAAGCACUUGGUAUUGAAAAGGGUUUAACAUUUUUGUAAACCUGGCACUCUAGGUAGCCAAGAUAUGAAAUUGUUGUGAUGUUAUCUGGCAGUUUAAGAGUUUUGAGUUUAUUAUUGUACUGGAUGAGUUAGCUCAUGACACACUCUCUCAGUAGCAACAUUAGCUGUGUUUGCUAAUCCAUGAAGUACUUUGCAAUAGUAGCUUUAGGCAAUUUGCGGUUUGAUCAGGUCUUAUAUCAGAAUUUUGAUGUUCAAAAAGGGUUUCGUAAUCAGUAUUGUCAAAAAUACAACAAAAUUCUUCCAGUGAUGAUUCUUCAUAAACUUUGGAAAGGGCGCAGUAAACUUGCUACCUGUGCAUGGACGUACCUUAUUUUCCAUUCAGACGAUAAACUGCGAAGCGGGGUGCUGCUGCUACUACUACUGUUGUCCAUUUAACGCCCUCAUUUUUUGAUGAACGGCGAACUGAGCCGCUCAUUUUACAACUUAUGAGUGAGCAGCUCAUUCAAGAUUCAGUCAACGACUGCUCACAGUCAGGUAGGAUCCGAGAAUUGCCGAGAGCGGCUUCUACGGCAGCCGAAGCCGGACAUACAGCACCCGGCGCUACUAGGUUCUAUCUAGCUAGCAGAGGCGGUGUUGGUGAAGCAGCUAGCUAGAACAUUGUUCGUAGAUUUGUGAACAAAUCGGGGCCGAUCACAUCCGAUGUGAUUUUUAGUGUUUCUUUAGCGUCCCUGUUUUAUUUCAGAGGAUGUAAAAGCCAUCUGUCCCACACCACAAGUGCCAUAAGUACCAUAAGUUAGCAUUUUCGUCCACCAAUGAUAGUUAUUUUAAAGUUUUCAGAAUUGCUUAUUUCCCCUUACUUAAAUGGUGAAACACACUAGAAUAGAUGUUUUUCUUUUCAUUUUUCCUUUGCUGAUAGAUAAUGUAGGUGCAGCCAAAACAAAAUGAAUGUUAUCUACUUUAAAAAGAAAGUGUGUACAUCUGUGUAUUCUAUUGUGCAUACUACUGUUUAUCUUAAGUUCAGAGGACUUUUGCACAUAUCCCAUUAUGAGUAUGUUCUUCAGUGAACACUGAAAGGACACAUUUUAAAUAUGCUAUUAUCAUAUAAGAGUAUUAUUUAUAAAAUUUCUCAAACAUUUUAAACAUACGUGGUUAUACAUUUGUUCUUUAUGAAUGUUUUAACACUACAGGUAGCCUACUCAGGUAACAAAAAUCAAGUAGGGCACCGAUUGAGUUCUGUGGGGACCCAGUCAAAAUCACUACCCAUGGGUCUCUGGAACUUACUACUUUCAAAAGCUAUCAACAUUACUGUUCUUCUCAAGGAUUGUCCACCCUGCCUUUAACACUUUAAUUUCAUGUUCAUAUCAUACCUGGGACUUGAUGAACAGCUUCUUAAAGAAUAACCAAGUGAGAGGAUACGGAUGAAUUCAACAGAUCUGAGAGCAGGUUCAGAGAAUGUCAUUGGUGACACAGAAAAUGUCACCUGCAGCUCAUGCAAAGCAGUUCUUCUUCUGCACAGUGACAGUGUUCAGUUGGCUUUGAUAAGUACAGACCACAAGUUAAAUAGUCGCUUCAUCACUUCAGAGAGGAAUUUGAAUCCUCUACAGUACCUGUUGUUUCCUCCUUGAUAACUCGCCAAUAAAACGAUCAACUGCUGCUUUACAUCGCUGUAACAUGAUGGUUUGCAAAGCACCUUGCUAAUCAGCUCAGGUAACAGGUGACCUCAUUGCACUAUUCUCUGGAGUCCGAGCUCAUCUGACUGGUCAACAUGUCAGACUGAACGUUGAAAAUACAAAGAUAAACCAUAAAAGUCAAAGCAGCAAGGCUCUCACUGUCCUCAAAGUCAUCCCCUGCGCUUUGAAACUGCAGACCUUGAUGUUUACCUUUGUUUACAGAGAAAUAAUAAGUAGUGUUAGGGAGAAUGAUCAAAUUAAAGUCUGACUGCUCUGGAUCACUGAGUUUUAGAAAGGACUCUGUUGUUAAGCCCUGUGGACUACAGCGGAGUCACCGUGUCCCUGUACCUCACAUACAUAUAAUUAACCUGCUGAGUUAAACAUCAUGACCCAGGAGGGCCACACAAAGUUUGUUCUUAAAGCUGCAGACCGUCAGACUCUAGUUACAUUACAGCAUGGUGACGAGGGGUGUUUUGAAGCAGCUAAUUUCCCUGUUGUUUGAAUGAAAUUUGAAUUCUGACUUACUGGCAAGUUCAAAAGAAAGAAAACACUUGCGAUCAGCGAAAAUUGGGCGUUUGUUAUGGCUAGCAACACCAGCCUUUGGUCUUCAGUGCAGCUUAGUUUCUAUCCGCCAUGUACUAAGCAAGUGGUUUUAAGCCAGUUUAACCAGCCACAGCUUACAUACAACUUUAUAUCCAUUUUCUUACUUUCAUCUUCGCUUGUUUACAUCCAGGUAGUAGUGCAUUAGCGCAAUAGUGGCCCUAACUAGUGCAAGGUAGCUGUGCUAAAGACUAAACACAACAUAGGAGACGAGGGAAAGCGCUCUUUAAACAUAGUCCAUUUUAUACACCAUUUUAUCUAUGACAAUACCAGCAUCGCACUUCUUUUGUUUUGUUUUGUUUGGUACAAAAACAUUAAUACUGUUCCAGCAAGCAGGCACUGUCAGUACCCAACUGCCUGCAUCUGAUCGGUUGGAUGGCAUUCACAUGGCCACAGCAUGUAGUGUGUGGUGUGUCUGAAUCUGAGCAGUGUGGAACAUCUUUGGCAUUUCUCAGCUCUCAGUUAAAUAUUUUUGAAAAAAGGAGAAAUAAAGAGAUAUUUAUGGGGCUUUAUAUUACCUUCCAUCUGUAAUGGAUUUGGUUUUUGCAACCUGCAGGCAGCAGUCUGCAGCAGCUGGGAUGAUGCUGUGUCACAUUAGUAGUCAGAGACUGAUCCGCUGCUGGGCCACUAGAGAGUCAUCAAUCACGGCCAGCUCUCCACCCCUGCAGACAAUAAAACCAGCAGGCAGCUCUCUGCUCUGAUCAGGAAUCAGAUCAAUUUUACUCAGCAAGACGAGACCUGGGAUCAGAUCACACAAAGGACAAUGAGUGAAUGUUAAAUGGCAGCUGCAAUAUAGGAGUAUGCUUCAGCUUGAUGUAAAUUAUUCCAUUUUUUAUGUACGCUAUGGCGCCUCUACCAUGCGCAGAAAAACAGACAUUCCAGUACAAGGUGUCCAGCAUUUACUCGCUGCAAGCUACUGUCGGCAGAGAUCAGCGUAAAUUGCAUGUUAGGACUUUCCGUUAAUGUGUUUGUGAUGUCUGCGGCUGAUGCUGUGCUGCAUGAAUGUUUAUUGUACUCUGGGUUUGGCUGGUUCUAUAGAGCUUUACCAUAGGAGGAAUCGUACCCAUGCAUGACCGUGGGAGCAGCAGCAGUGUGAGGGUUCAAAAGAAACGCUUUUACAUGAAGGCAGGUGGCCAAAAACUAAAAUCUAAUCACAUCCUUUUUUCAAGAUUCAAUCACUAAAUAGGUUUUAAAAUGUCAAAUGUAUUAAAGUUAGACACACAUACACACACACACACACACACACAUAUUUUUGGAUGUGAAGGCCUGGGAACUCUUCCAUAACCAGAGCGGGGUGAGCCAGGCAGGGAGGGAAAUGCCUCAAAGAAAGGGACCGUGGUAAGUGCUGCCACAUGUGCUAUUUAUACACAUGCGCACACACACACACAGACACACUUGCACACACACAGACACACACACAGUCCAGAAAAACCGUAAUCUGUUCCUUGAUCUGGCUUGGUUCGUACACAUGGAGAAUGUGUAGUGGUUUACAGGCCUGACAGUGAGCCAUAAAUUAUUUUCCUUUUUUUCUCACAGGUAAGAAUUCAGAAAUCCACUUUCACAUCAGUGACCUGGAAAUGUUUGAAACAGAUCUCAAAAGAUCUCAAAAGAGAUUUUUUUGUGAAUAUGUGCUUGGAUCAAAUUUGAGUGGAGAUCAAGGAGUACUUCUUCAUGCAUACAGCAUCUGCCUCCUUUUCCUAAAUUUGGAGUGGCUUCGUAUGAUUAUAUGCAGUCUCAAUAGUACCCAUGGUAUGGGAUGUGAUGAAGAUAUUAACUUUACAAAUUUGGUGAAUUAGAGGCACAGUUAAAGGCCUUAAGUCACAAAUGGCUCUGGUUGGUCAACUGAAAGUUGGUUGAUCUGUGUGAUACUUAUGAUUUGCAAGGACAGAAAAAAUAUCCAAAUAACAGAUAAUUGUGUUUUGUUUUUGCGGAGAUGCCUUCCCCAAACAAGUUUUAGCCACAGGACUGGUGAUGAAUUUAGAUAGCUCUACCCUCCCCUCAGAUGAGUUUUAGAGACGGAUGGGAUUUUCCAUGAAAUAGCCAUUAUUAAUUUAUAAUUUAUAGCAAUUAUCCUGAAAUGUGUAUGUUCAAAAGUCAGCUAGUUAAGUUUGGCAAAGAGAAGUCAGUUCAAUAACUUUCUUAUCAUAUAAUGUUUUGUUCUUGUGCCUGAUACUGGAACAGGAUUUGCAAAAAGAUGUUUGUCUUUGGUUUAAAUAAUAAUUUGGUUUAGAGAAACUCAUUCAACGGGGCAUCACUUGUACUAUAAAGCUACUUAAUAAUGAUACUUUAUUUAUCUCUAAUUGCAUUGUUAUAACAGCUAGAGUCUGAUAUAACAACAAACAGCUGUAUUUUCUGACUGUACCUGACAAAAACAUACUCUGACAUAAUCAAUCUUCUAUCUGGUAUACUAAAAAGCGAGGAAGUACUUGUAUUAGAAUGCGGUCUUAGGAAGCUUGGAGCAGAAACGACUUCCUGUCUGGCUUUGGCUCUCCCCUCCUCGCUCUUUGGUCACUUCCUGUCUUUGUGAGCCUUCCCUGAGUCACAGACAAAACAACUUCCUUCAGACAGUGAGGAAAUAAAACCACACACAUGCACAUGGCUGCUUGUGUAUGACAGACUCCACAGGCAUGCUGCGGGUAAACUAGCUAUCCAUCAAUCACUGGCACUGCUGCAUUUUUUUAAUGUGUUGGCAUUUCAAGAGGAAUAAUCUUAAUUGUCUUUGAGGGUUGGUAGUGUAGUGUUCAGAUUAUGUCGUAUUAUUUCUCUUUUACUGCAGAGAGACUGACAAAACUGUCAAACCUAACAGCUAAGAGAGAAGUAGGUCCCAAAGUCAGCAUGAUUAUAGGAACAGUUAAAGUAAAACCACUUUAAAUAAUAAAUAUACCAGUAAUACUUUGUGGCACGAGACAUUUACUUGUGCGCACUCCAAAUUAACCAGUGAUAUUUUUCAUUAACUGAUUACUGUGAUAUUGUUUAUGCUUUGGUUAUAUCACUUUGACUUUUAUGUUGAUAAAGGUUAUCUGAAUUGAACUACUGAUAAUCUGAUGCACAUUACAACAUUGUUUUGCAAAAAUUAAAAACCGGUCACUCUUCAUUAUCAUCGGGAAUUUUACUUCACAGUAUAAUAAUCUGGACACAGAUAAUAACAUGACACCCGGACACAGUAAAACAAACUGCGCACAAUAGAUAAUAACUUGCAGUACAAUUGUAAAACUUUUUAAGACAGAUUUUAACUUGUUCAUGAGAUUGUUCCACAAGGUAUUAUAUUGUCCAUAUCAAACUGUUAUCUAAGUGCAGUUUUUAGCAUACAGCUCUAAUGAAGUAUAAGAGUUCAAACUUGGCAUCAUUCAUGAGUCUCACUUUCUCAUUUUGGAUGCAAAUUAACACGAAACCUCAUUUCACCUCCAUUAAACUUGAAAAAACAUUAAACUUUUUUGCCAACGAUAGUGAAGGAUGCACUCUGUUUUUCACACAAACACACACUGCACAAUCAGCUGGGCGGAGCAGCUGAUCACAGACUGAAGGAAUGACGUAACACAAAACUUUGCCUGAUGAUACGAGUGUUCCUGGUGUUGACGUUCCUUAGUUUAUCUCUGAAUUAAGGUGAUUACGCAGCAGACUGGAGUCUCCUAUUAUAGUAAAAAAAUAAAAAAAAACAGACAAAAGGGCUGACAUCAGCACACAUCCAAGCACUAACGUAAUGAAGUCUACUUACUCCACGUCAUUCACAGCAUGUGGAAGUAUUUAUCAUGCAUCAUAUCAGGGUGUGCACUGAAACAAAGGACAGGCACCAUUUAAGCAGUAAAAGAAACCACAUUAAAAAGACUGAUCUGUCUACCUUAUUUAAUAUAUAUAUGGGCCAAAUAUAUCCAGAUUUUUUUGUACACUUAGGCUCGGUGCUAAACAUAUGGAUACAUGUGGGUUGAGUAAUUGGAUUUUAUUCCCUCCUCUGCAUGUACUGAUAUGUGUUCAUCACAGCUAGUUAAUAAGUCAGGGCAGAUUUCUUGUGAUCUAAUACUCAAACUCAAUUUUAAUGCUUAAAGUUAUUAAAGUGUUGUCAGCAAAGUUUUAGCAUGGAUGCUGUGGUGAGGACUAUGAUCUCUUUCUAAAAAUUUUCAGUCAAAAAAAUCUCUUCAAAAGAAACAGAAAAGGGCUUUGUUUACUAUAUUUGCCCCUUUACAAGACAAAGCCAAAGCUAAAAGAGAAGGGCAAUGAUGCUAUUGUUUACCGACCAUCAAACUGAAACAUUAAAAUAAGGGCUUGGUCAAAAAAAGGCAAACUUGUGCGUCAGAAAGAGUGACUCUUAUGGCCACAGGAGAAACACGACAAAAGAGUGAUGCACAUUUAUUUAAAGAAAGAACUAUUCUCAAGGACAGACUGCUUAUUGUAGGUGUGUUUUAUUUUUAUCUCACACACCUGUUUUACACUUUUUUGUUUGGAUGUUUGACUUUCAGCACUUAGUGUCCCUCACCUCUUUAACGUCCUUGAAAGAAGGGCAGAGGCAGCUCCAGAGCGGGUGUAUUUUCAUCACUUUUACACCACCACAAACCACAAAAAAACAACUUCCUUAAAAUGCACACACAGCACCGAGCUCUCUGGUAGUAGCUUCUAUUGUCUCUUCAGCUAGGAGGGGCAGUAACCAUAGCAACCACAUGUAAUCUGUCCUCUAACAAACAAUCAUCUUCCUGUUUUGAGGGAUGACACAGCUGCGUGUGGUAGGGGCAGGGUCUCUGUGUGUGUUUUCCGACACUCCAGGAACUGUUACUGAAUAAACUGUUGGCCAAAAUUAUCCUGUAGACCGCCUCACAGAUGUGACGCAGACAUAAUGGAAACUGUUGUUAUUGUUUUUCAUUUUCUUCAUCUGUACUGAAUCACAGCAGAGUGUUACAGGACCAACACAAAGAAAUCAUAUAAUGCAGAAAAUCAUCCCAUUACUCUCUAUUUUCAGUGAUGAGACACAUUCGGUGACCAUAAAAGUGUCUUGUUAUGUCAUGUGACUGAUCUAGGUUUAUUCUUGUCACCAACAGGUCUCCCAGAGGAGCAGACAGUCCAGACACCGGCCUUUACUGAUGCUGUGAGACUGCACAGACAAGCCAAGGGACACUAUGGGACCUGGGAUAUGAUGUGUGGAGAGCCCCCACAGGUCAGGACCACACAGAUCAAGUAUUUCAUUGCUGUGUCGUAGUUCAGAGGCUGGAUCCUCUAAAGUAUGCAUUUUCAGAUGGAGAAAGAUCCUCAUGGCCUUUGCGUUUAAGAAUGAACAUAAGACACAUCGUAACUCUGGUGUCAUGAAAGAUGGCCUUCUUUACCACUGGCAGAGAUUUUACACUUACUGUUUUUGAAUGCCACCUUACCGGUGAAAUCAGUCAAGGCCCGGAAACAGCUCAUGUUUUCCUCUCAGAAAUAGCCUUAAAACUUGGGAUAUUCCUCCUUGAAAUUGCAUGUUUUUUUACAGGUCAGAGAUGAUUUAAGAGCUUUUCAGCAACAAUUUGUAAGCAGGGCCUUUGAGUGCCAGUCCAAAGUUCAGGUUCAGGUCAUAGUUUCACUUGCAGAGAGGUAGCAGUGAUGGAUGCGGUGCUGGUUUCCAAAUCAAUUUAGCUCAUGAAAACACUCCAGCUACAUCAUGCACACACCCCUUUCUCUCACCAAAGUACAAGAAUGCACCAACACAAGACCUUCAAAGAGUCUGAGGGAAAAAAGACCCACCCCUCAACAUACCAGCAAUCACAGGGACACACACACAAACACACACACACUGUUAAUAGGGGUCUCCUCUGUGAAAGAGACCCUUUCAGGACCCUGUUUGAGCUCAAUAGUGCCUCUGUGUGUUUACUGCAGUCACUUCAUUAAUCUUCAUGUUUCCUGUUUGUAUCCGCUUCGCUGUAGCCCCCUGAAAUUAAUGUGUUUACUUAGUCAACUUUAAAAGCUUUAGCAGGAUGAUCAGUAUUUUUUUGAUAAAAACUGUAUAAGUAACUUACUGGAAAUGUACUUUGUAUGCGCACAGUACGAAAGAGGAUUAGGGCCACAAGAAGAGAAAACAAUAAUUACAGGAAAGUUUUUUUUUUUUAAUUUCCAUUUCAAGAUUAAAGUCAGAAUUUCGAGAUUAAAAUCGAAAUUUGAAAAAGUUGAAAUUUCAAUUUUAUUCAUGUCGACUUUAAUCUCGAAAUUUAAAUUUUUUUAAUCUCGAAAUUUCUACAUUAUUCACAACAUUUCGAAAUCUCAAAAAUUUGACUUAAAUCCUGAAAUUUCUAUUUUUAAUCUCAAAAUUUUAACUUUAUUGACAGUAAAAAGUAUCAAUUUGAUUUUUUUGAAAUUUGAAAUUUCUACUUUAAUCUCCUUUUUAUAGUUAUUUUUUUCUCUUGAUGUGGCCCUUAUCCUCCUUUGUAGAAAAGUAAAAAGGUUCUCAAAUAUUUAUGAACAUUUCUUACUUCCACUUUUAUUUUUGUCCAUAAAAAGAAUAUAUACAAUAUAGACUGAAUUAGAGGUGUGGUGAAAAACACCCAAAUUUGCUAUUACUUUAUGCCUUAAACAUAGUGAAUAUUUUAACAGCACAUUACCUUUUUAAACAUCCAGAGUUAACAAAUUGACAUCGUAGCUUCAGUAUAACUUGUAACAACAAUACUGACUAUUUGAUAGACAACAAUCAUGUAAACAAGUCAAAAUAAAUAUAACUAACUUAUAUUUAUGUUAAUUAUAAAGCGUAGAUAUGAAUUUCUUUUCAGAUGAAAUAUUGUAAGUGUGUGAAUACAUGACUGUUGUAUUUUGUGUGUGCAGAUUCUGGCUAACCUGGUGAUGGAGACCCUCCAUCCAGAACUGAGAAACGUGAUCGGUCCUCGUCUCAAAGGGAAGAUGCAGCAAAGACAGAGGAGCUGGAUGUUGGUGAGUUCCUGUCCCCUCAGAGACACACUGCAGGCAUAUUUCACAAACAAAGGAGAGAGACAUAAAUGAGUCUAAACCAAUUCUCUUUCCAACAUCUCUCCUCUCAGAUAUCUGAUGCGGUGUAUAAGCAGGUGCUGGCUCAGACCACUGGGCAGUAUGAUGCACUCGUUGUAGGCUGUGAAGCCCAGAGAGUACAGCUGGACACCAGACUGCGGACAGACAUGGACCAACUCAUCACAUCUAAGGAACACGUCAGCAACAAGAUACGAGGUGAGAUCUACACGCAGGUGUCCCUCUGUUUGAGUCAGUCACUAUCAGUCAGAGGUAAUGAACUAUAAUAAAGGCACCAUGUUUAAUGAUGUUUUCAUCAAAGUUUUGUCUGUUAAUCGGAGGCAGUAUUUAAGUCAUUUUGUUUAAGUUGUUGUCGUAUAACCAUAUUAUUUGCAUUGUUAUGCAGUCAGAACACAUGUGGCAUUUAACAUGCAUUAUUCCUCUAAUUCAAGAUGUCAAAACACUGCUUGACUGUACCAUGUGACCUCACCUGUAAAUACUCAAAGUAGGGCUGUCAGCCUUAGUACAUUAGGUUGAAGUGAUUAAGGACCAAAUUCCUGCACUAUUUUUUAAACUGCUCGUCAUUUUGUCCCAUUUAGCGCACUGUAGUUAAGCCCCUGCUGAGUUUUACUGUCCUUGCUGCCAUUGUGAUUAAACAAGACAGCUAAGUAAACAAGUCAUAUGCAAAGAACACUUUGUAUCAAAAGCAUUUAAAAUAUCACUGAACUCUUUUGAAUCUAAGCUGACACCCAUCAGUGAAGCAUACCGGGGCAGCCAUGUCACAGGGAGCUAAGUUUCAUGUCUAUGGUCGCAGUGUGAAACAGGGAAACCAACUAUACUGGAACUCCUGUAAACUUUAACUUAAUUAUUAUCACCCUGUGGAAAAUUUGGUUUACAGCAGGCAUCAGCAUAACAGUACAUGAUAAACAUAAAAACAUAGAACAUACAGGCACAGGGAAAAAUCCUGAGUACAAGUGAAAAAUAACGACACUAAACUACAGAAAGCCAGAAACUAAAAGAUAAAAGAUAUUUCAAAGCUCCUUAAAGUGCAUUCAGUCAUGAAGCACUGCAGAUAAAUGAACAAUUAUGAUGAAUGGACAAGGUACCAGAUAUAAGAGAUUAUAUAAGUAACCAAUAAAUGAUCAAUGAUAAUAAUUAUCCUUGCUGUUGCAUGAACUUAGUGAAUAAAAAGGUCUUAAAGAGUAAUCAAAAUUAAUUACACAGUAAACAAUUUUUCUUUACAUAUAAUUGUGAACUUUUAAAUUUUUUUCAAAUGAAUCAUUUAACUAUUGAACUUCGGCAAUUAAUCAGGAUUUAAGAGAUUAACGCUCAAAGUAAAGCUUGAAAGUUUUGCGCUGUUCAAAAACCCAUAGUUGUGUUUAUUCUCUGGAAAUCAUUAACUAAUACUCAGAUGAAAUCAAGUUUAAAGUCAGUUAAAUAUAUAUUUUUUUUAAGUCAAGAGGAGAUUAGAAAUACUAGGGGGAACACCAGGAAACUUGAAUGAAUGAACGCUGUACAUCAUGCGCUGUAUUUUGACUUGGUCCACUUGCUGCUCAUUGUAAUAUGAUCCUCUGGCCUCAGGUGAACGCUUCAUUGUUUGACUCUUUGAGAUAAAGCUGUGGGAUCUCUGGUUCACAGAUUGUUGGCAGAGGGGAAUGAUUACUCUGACGGCUGAAAACCACCACACUACUCAAGUUUCUAUCAAAUAGUUUUAGACAUUUUGUACCAACUGGGCCUUUUCUUUGUUACGUUCCAGCUUUAAUUUUACCCUCCACAAUUUCUCCUCUCUUUAUUCAGUGAGUCUCUCCUUCUGUCAGUCACUCCUCCUGAUUGAUUACCUCUGAGCAUGAGCCUGUCAGCUCUCUAUUCAAAGGUUAUCUUGGCACUGUCUGCUCAUAUUUUCAUGUGUGGUGUCCCACUGAGCUAAAGUUGCAGAGCUGCAUUCCCUCGCCUGCACUGUAUGAGCCGUUUCUGACUUUAUCCCACAGAUAGGGCUCAAAAGAGGAGUCAGCUGCACUAAAUGAUGUGAGGUCACGUUACAUGAGGGCGAUGCAAAGAUGUAAUCCAAGCUGUGAAAUGUAUCUUGUCAGCAGAUUGUGUGCUGUUGUACAGCUGGGUGCAUUGAAAUUACACAAUUGUCAUCGCAAACAUACCAACCAUUUCAACCCAUGAAACAAUCCACUUUACUCUGUGAUCAAAUAUUUGAAGAGUUCACGUGAGGUUGGAGCCGUGCCUUUGUUUUCCUCCAUACUGUGGCCUUAUUUCCCAGCACUAGCAACGUUUUUUAAAUUAAUUCUUCAUGUGUUCAUACUGCAGCUCUGGUGUUGCCCAAGGCAGAGCAAGUCCUGAACACAAACGUCCAGCCCUACAUCAGCUCCAUCCUGGAGGCCCUGAUGGACCCCACCAGCAGAGGUUUCUCCGAGGUCAGGGACGUCUUCUUCAGGGAGCUGGUGGAGAUCAGCAAGAACUCGCUCAAUGGAGGAGGCAAAGAAAAGCUCGGAGAAGUGAGUCAGGAGUCUUCGGCAAAUAUCUCUGAUGCUGUUUCUAUCUACAGAUGAGUAACGCUAUGAUUGAAGAGUGAUUAUAGUAUUAAUAAAGCACAUGACUUUAUAAGCUGUUUUAUCAACAAGGCCUGCUAAAUGAACGCAGUGUUUGUCUGUCUUGCUGGGCACUAAAAAGUUAGAGAUGUCUUGUUUGUUAAAAUUCUCUUCAGAUCAUAAAAAAGACGAAAAUCAAAUGCAAGAAAAUAAAAUAAAAAAUUGCAUCUGUGGCUGUUCAGAUCUGUUGUAGCUCACAUAAAAAGAUUUGAUGGUCUCAUGCAUGCACUGAAGGCUUCAUAGAUGUAUAGUCAUGACAGAAAAAAGUAGUAAGACACGGUCACUAAUGCAUCACAGUAGCUUUUUGUCCUCAAAAGCCACCAUCACUUCACCAACCUGAGUUUUACUAAAACAAUCGACUGUUGCCCACCUCUGUGUGUCGCCCCGCAGCACAUGGACAGGCUGUCCAUGCUCGCCUUCCACCCGGUGAAGAUGCAGAGCUGCUAUGAAAAGGUGGAGCAGCUGAAUCUGGAGGGGCUGCAGCAGAGAUUUGAGGUCUCCAACCCCUCUGUGUUCGUCAGCAGGGCUCAGAUCCUCAUGAGGGAGGUAAGGCACAAUAGAGGGUUUCUCUGAUGUAACACUAAGAUUAAACAUCUAUCUAUGUGGUGUUAGGAGGCCUUUGAAAUACUUCCUUGAAUCUAGUAAGGGAACACACACUGUCAGCUCAUCAUGUCUGUAGAAAACCCUUUAGUGACACCUGCUGGAAGAAGAGAGUGUGACAAACUUCACAACAAACUGAGCCAAUAAGGCCAAGAUCUUAUUUACAAAACUAACCAGCAUCAGAUAUUUUAUUGUGCUACUGUAUACCAUAAAAAACUUCUUCUAUGCAACAUUUGUUCCCAGCAAAUGGACAAUGCAGUGUACACGUUUGAGCAGCUGCUGAAUCAGUCUUUAGAGGCUCAGGGAGACGACGACAUCUGCAAGACCAUCCAGCGAUGCCAAGACAGGGUUCUCAAGGUAAAGAGAGAAGGACUCAAAACAGAAGUGAUAUAGAGGACAAAGAGAAAGACACAGCCUUCAUGUGUUUGUCUUCUCCCCCCUGUCAGAAAUAUGAUUAUGACAGCAGCACAGUGAGAAAGAAGUUCUUCAGAGAGGCUCUCCUGCAGAUCAUCAUCCCGUACAUGCUCCAGCAGCUGUCUCCGUCCUUCUCAUCUGUGAGUAAAGCCUGACAGCCACUCAACACUUUUCUGAUAAAUACAUAAUUUAAAACCCAAAUAUAUCAUUUACACAAUCCACAGUUUAUGGAUUGCGAUACUCCUUGAUUUUGCAGGAGCUGCCUCGCUUUAAGGAGCUAAUCUUUGAGGAUUUCUCCCGUUUCUUGCUGGUGGAAAACAUGUUUGAGGAGGUGGUGCUGCAGUCCGUCUCCAAGGACAUAAUGAUGGGUGAGGGAUGCAGAUGAAAGUGGGGGUUAGCACUGUUGUUUCAUCUUUACUUUGACCUUACACGUUUGCUUGUCCUUGUUUUCUUCGUCUAGCUGUGAAGGAGGCGGCCGUCCAGAGGAGACACAACCUCUACAGAGACAGCAUCAUCCUGACAAACAGCGACCCGAACCUGCACCUCCUCGGAGAAAACUCUCAAGUGGACUGGGCCGCCAAAUUUGGAGGGGAUGAGACAGAGGGCACUGUUGAUGGAGGAGUGGGAGGAGGAGGCUCUGGGAGCAGACGCAAGCAGGUGGUGUCCAUGAUCCAGCUGGACGGAGUUCCUUUACCCUAUGAGUCCUGCAUGGAGGUCCCAGGGGUGGAUCUCAUCCCAGAGGAGGGUGCUGAUGUGUCAGGGGUUAAAAAGGAUGAGCAAGAAGAAGAGGAGGAGGAGGAGGAGGAGAAGGAGGAGGUGAUAAAAGAAGAAGAGGAGAAAGAGAAGGAGGAGGUGAUAAAAGAAGAAGAAGAGGAGAAGGAGGAGCAAGACUUCAGCCCACUUGAGGAUCCCAAGUCUCCUGACAGUGUGCACGAGAUCAGGGACCUGAUUAACCCGGUCAUAGAGAUGAUGGUCCCUGUGUCAGAGGAGAAACAGAGCGAUGAGACCAAUGAGACGGAGCCAACCAUCAGCAAAGUCACCCUGGAAGACGGGGUGGAGGAGGAUGUCACUCAUGUGACCACCGUGGUGGAGGAUGUCCCCAGUAAAUCCCCACGAGACAAGACGUCCCCACAGUCGCUCCUCCGGCAGCUAAAAGGAAGCAGGAAGCAGAAAGCUGACACGGAGAAUACAGAGGAAACAGCCGUCAAGAACGCUGUGGAUGAAAUAAACACAGCGGUGCAGAAGGACGAAGGGAUCGCUGAGGUCUCCACUGCAGAGUCAGAUAGCGAGUCGUCGCCGAAACCACCAUCAGCUACAGACUCAAGCUCGCAUGGAGACAGCGGCUUCCAAUCGCCGACCAACGAGGGUCUGGAUGAGGGCGUGCCUGAGCCCAUAGCAAAUGGCCUCAGCAAAGAGGACAAAAUUAUUGACCCUGUAGAUGUGGAGAUGACUCUGGCGUGAGGAGACGAUCUUCUGGACAGAACUUUGAAACUUUAAGAGGAAACGUAAGAGGAUGUACCUCCAUGUGAUGAGAGAGAAGGGGAACGGAUAAGGAUUUUAUUUAAACGUUUUGUUAGCUUAAUUGUUGUUGAAAUUGCACAUCCUCACUUGUUCAUAUUCUUACUGUAUGGUAAAAGGUGUUUUCUAAAUGCAAGAUAACUAACCUUUAUAAAAGUCUUUCUCUAAUGUUGCGUAUGUUACUGAAUUCAACAUAUCAGAUUUUAAAAAGGCCCUUUAAUGCUGCAUUACAAGGUUAAGGGCUUAUUCAACCAUCAUUUACUUUUUAAACUUGCAAAGUAAGAGCUAAAUACUAGACAUUUACUUACUGUAAAACUUCUAAUAGAAGCCCCUUCAGAUUGAAGAUUUCUUUAGUAUGAUGCAGGUUGACAUUUUGAUAAUUAAAGCAGGUCUCACAGAGAAGCUUUUAUACAUUUGAAGUUUAUCAGGUUGACUGUGCAAUGAAAUAAGUAAAGAUACUCCUUUAGUAGUCCCACAAGGGGAAAUCCCCAGUGCCUGGUUUCUACUUACAUUCAGACUUAACAUCAAUUUACUGAUUGACAUUAUGGCACAGAGAAAACAGGGGCCUGAAUGCUGUCAGGUUUGCAAGGAAGUGACUUCCCCGUUGACUUUUUGGAGAACAAGCAGCAACAUUAAGCUGAACCCCAACUUUUGUCGGAGAAAGAUAGUAAAAUGCUUGACUGUGGAGUGGCAGGAGAAGGGUUAACACUCAGCAUUAGCGAACAGGGAGUGUCUUUACUACCUGAGCUGGCUCUAGAGAUGGAAAUAAAGGGAUUAAAUUAAAAACAAUAUUAAAAAAUUUCCAGUCUUUACUCAGCAGAGGUCUUUUUCUAAAGUAAUUAAAAGCCCGUCUCUUAUUAAGACUGUCCAAAUAAAGGCAAAUUGACUUUGUAGAUUGAAACAGACAAAAGCCUUGGUCACUCAUUUUGAAGUUUUACGGUAGUUGUAUAUGUUUUCAAAUCACAGUGAAGCUUUUUGUUCAUAAAUUAUAUCUUUCACAUAAAAUAAAAAAAUAGAAAAAGUUGGAAAGAAUGACAGACUGUGCCUUUAAAUGAAUUUCUUUUACGUGAUAUCAGCUUCUUUCUGGGCAGCAGGGGGCGCUACAAUCUUACCUUUUAACUGUGUGUGGGGAUUUGUAUGAGGACUUUCACUCUGUGUUUCUAAAAGACUGGUCUCUAUUUCUAAUUUCGCUCACUUUAUAACUUUUUCUGUGUUCACAAGUGGCCGUAAUGUUUCAACUCUGGAUAUUUAACCUGGAAGAAACUGUGUGGAAAAGGAAGAUGUUCAUAUGUUUUGUGGCAGAAAUAUUUAACGGUGUUGUUGUCUCUUUGCCUGUGGGUGUAGACGGCCAACAUGUGUAAAUAAUCGCGUUCAGCUCAUUGGAUUUGAUGAACUUGUAAUCAGAGAUAGACCUCCACCUGAUCACGAGGGAGAUUCUGGACAUUUGCUUCAUGAGUUUAUAUUUACCAAUAUUUUCCCUUAACUUCUUUGUACAGCCAAAAAACUUUUCUAUGAGCCAAUUUUUUCUUUUUAGAUUCUAAUCGACUUUUUCAUGUCCUCAUCUGUGCAGAAAUAUAAGCAACAACCAUACUACGAAAAACACUCACAGUUCUGCAAAUCAGGAAAACGUCUUUCUGGCUAAAGAUAAAGUUUCAUAUUUUCUUUAUUAAAUGCCCGUAAAUUGAAACAUUUGAAGCCAUUUUUUUAAAUUUUCAUGGCUGUGGCUUGUAUCUUUGAAAAAUGUAAAUUCAGUAUCUCAGAAUAAACAGAUUAUUCCUGAAGAUCAAUCAAAAACGAUUCAAAACAUGUCCAACAUCUGAAAGUGUGUUCUUAUACAGACUCAAUACUUAGCUGGGGCUCUUUUGCCAUGGGUUACUUUCUUCAGCAGCUGAUGGGAGUUAUGGGAUGUUUAUAAUUUUCUUAUUUUGUGAAGAUGCACCUGUAAAUGUUCAGUAAAAUUGAGGGGAAAGGAUGUUACAUUAAAGGUUCAUAAAGAAACCUGCUUUCAUGUGCAGGGAAAUUGGAGUCUAUGAUUCUACAUUUAAGAUGGACCGCGUGUCAAGCUGUUAGCAUAUUUUGCGAAUGUCCAGCUGAGUGGUCAUGCACCAUGAAGAGGACAUAAAAUGCUACCAGUGACUCAAGAGAAGAACGAGCAGAAAGGGCUCCUUUUGCAGGAAACAAGAAGAGAAGCCUGAUAAAGAUUAAAAUAUAACAAAACAUCUUGAAGGUAAAAACCUGAAAUAAUUUGACAUAAGAGUUCACAAAAACAUGUUGAAAUUAUGUAUGUAAAGACAGAGUGUAAUAUUUGAAUAAAAGUACAAACUGUUUAACAUCUAAA